AAUUAAGUACUGCUUAGUGUGAAAACUUAAUUGUAUCGAUCCAUUUGCUCCUCAUGGCCAUACAGUUUAAACUGAUGUGAAAAACGAGAAACUCUUUAAGGCUACAAUCCUGUGCUCACUUACUGGGGAGUAAGCCCAUUAAACUCAGUGCAACUUAUUUGAAAGUAACCAUGCACGGGCCACCCAAAUUUAAGACUGCAUUCCUAUGAACAUUUACUGGGGAGUAAAUUCCAUUGAACUCAAUGAGAUCCACUCCGAAUAAACGUGUAGGAUUAUCUUGCAAGAUCCGUUGGAAGCAAUAGAAAACUCUUUAAAAGCCUCCACAUAAAAAUUAAUUGGAUUUUAAAGCAAUUUAUUCUGACUGGACUUGUAUUCAUCUUUUUCCUAAAAUGGGACGAGUGAAAUUUUACAUGCAUUAUAUUUUUAUUCUGUCCUUUUUCUAGGAAGCUCAGAUCUGCUGCUCCCCCUUUCAUCCCCACAACAACCCUGUGACGUAGGUAAAGCUGAGUACGUGACUAGCCCAAAGUUAGUCAGUGUCAUGACUCAGUACGAAUUCGAAUUUGGGUUGUUGCUUGUUUUUUAGCAACCUAACCACUACACCGCAUUGACUCUUAAGUGGAAAACAGGAAAAGGGAGUGUAAGCUUUGGUAUUUCGGUGUGAAUGAAUACCAGUAUCUUUUGGUAUUUCGGUGUGAAGUGAUGUAUUAACUCCAAAUAAGGGGUUAACAAGUUUCAGAGAAAAUAAACACUUACCAAGAGAAACCUCAUACAGAUAGAUGUUUUAUGAAAGCUCAGCAUGAGGUUCGGGAAACAACAAAGUUACAAGGAAAAGAGACCCUCAAAGCUUGAGAUGCUCUGUGUUUGAGGCUCAAACAAUAUGUUAUGUACUACAGAGCACAAAAAUCUAAAACUGACGAGUCGACUUUAAUAGGAGACUGUAGCGAAACCACACAAACCCCAGCACCAGAAGGAGAAAAAGAGACAGCUGCCCGCUUCGCGUCCGUCAGUCCGUAAGCGCGAGUUUUUAAAUCUGGAAAUUCUCCAAUGAGAGUUGGUUUCCUGAACUCAGCCAAUCAGAGAGCGCGACGGACUAUAAAUUGUACUGCAAGCUUUUUCGACCUCUCUCUAGUCAACCUGUUUCUUCCUGACGGUUGCUGGAAGUGUGUGCAAGAAGAUAAAAAAGGAUGGCUAGGACAAAGCAAACCGCUCGCAAGUCCACCGGCGGGAAGGCGCCCCGCAAGCAGCUGGCCACGAAAGCGGCUCGCAAGAGCGCUCCUGCCACCGGCGGAGUGAAGAAGCCCCAUCGCUACCGCCCGGGCACGGUUGCCUUGCGAGAAAUCCGCCGCUACCAGAAGUCGACGGAGCUGCUGAUCCGCAAGCUGCCUUUCCAGCGCCUGGUGCGUGAGAUCGCCCAAGACUUCAAGACCGACUUGCGCUUCCAGAGCUCGGCCGUGAUGGCGUUGCAGGAGGCCAGCGAGGCUUACCUGGUGGGGCUGUUCGAGGACACCAACCUGUGCGCCAUCCACGCCAAGAGGGUGACCAUCAUGCCGAAGGACAUCCAGCUGGCGCGGCGGAUCCGUGGCGAGAGGGCUUAGCUCUGGCCUGCUGCUACUCAAUUCAACCCAAAGGCUCUUUUCAGAGCCAC